AUGUGUCAGGGAGGCACAGUGCAGAUCAGAGGCACCACUGGAGCCAGAUACACACUCAGCCCUGUCACUCAGUCUCAUAGUGGACAGUACCAGUGUGAGGCACAAAGAGGAGAUCCACCACGUUCCUCUCAACGCAGUGAUCCUGUUACACUGACUGUGUCUGAGGGACGCCCAAAGCCUGCACUGACCCGGGAGCCUGCAGGAGAGAUAUUUGAAGGAGACACAGUCACCCUGAGCUGUGUGGUUGAGGGGGGCUCUGGAGGCUGGAGAUAUCUCUGGUACAAAGACAGGCAGGGAGCUCCAGUGUACCAGACUGACAGCAGCAGUGGAACUGGAGCCGGAUACACAAUCAGUGCUGCUGCUCUGUCCCACAGUGGAGAGUACUGGUGUGGAGCUGGACGGGGCAGGAACACGUCUUACUCACAAUACAGCGAUCCCAUCUGGGUAAAUGUAACUGCUCUGUUUUCCAGGGUGACUCUGACAGCAUCUCCAGGAGCCACAGUGAAGGAGGGAGAGGCUCUUAACCUGACCUGUGAGGCAGCAGUGAACAAAACCCCCCGCCCUGAACUCCACUACACCAUUGUGAGAGACGGGGAGCCUGUGACUAACAGCACUGACUCUGCACUGUACAGCAUAGCCAGCACUGAGAAGAGCCACACUGGGAGCUACACGUGUGCUGUGGAGUCACAGGGAGUGAAGAAGAGCAGCCAGGAGCUACAGAUUGAACUACAAAGUAAGAUUACAAACCCAUCCUAA